GUGAUGGUAGUUUGGCUGGUUGUGUGCAUGAGGAUGUUCAUGACACACUCCACAUCCACACACACCAGAUUUCCUUCUUCAUCUCCUCCCCAUAUUUUCACACCCCAAUUUCCUCAUCAAUCAAUCUCACACUCUAAUUAUUACCAUUUCAAUUCAACUAACACACUCUCAUAAUAAUCCAUUAAUUAAUGACUACCCCCAUGAUGAUUCGGUCACCCGGAGCAAUGAGUGCCAAUGUAUCCGCCUCUUCCACUGCUUCUCAGAUCUUCGGCCGGAAGGUUCUUUUUAAGAACCCGACAGCCGCCAUUGUUCACCGGAAAACGUCUCGGUUGGAUGUUACUGAUGGAAGAAGGACAAGACAGACUCCAAAUGUUGUCUGCCCCAAAGCUGUUUCUGACUCUAGCUAUUCUCAAACAUGUCUUGAUCCAGAUGCCAGCAAGAGUGUUCUUGGAAUCAUUCUUGGUGGUGGAGCAGGGACCAGACUAUAUCCUCUAACAAAGAAAAGAGCUAAGCCUGCUGUUCCUUUGGGAGCUAAUUACAGACUCAUAGACAUACCUGUCAGCAACUGCUUAAACAGCAAUGUAAACAAGAUUUAUGUUCUUACCCAAUUCAACUCUGCUUCACUUAACCGUCAUCUGUCGCGCGCGUAUGCAAGCAACAUGGGUGGCUACAAGAAUGAAGGCUUUGUUGAAGUUCUUGCAGCCCAACAAAGUCCCGAGAAUCCCGACUGGUUCCAGGGUACAGCUGAUGCUGUAAGGCAGUAUCUAUGGUUGCUUGAAGAACAAAAUGUGUUGGAAUUUUUGGUUCUUGCUGGUGAUCAUUUGUAUCGUAUGGACUAUGAAAAGUUUAUUCAAGCACAUAGGGAAAGCGAUGCUGAUAUAACCGUUGCGGCCCUGCCCAUGGAUGAGAAACGUGCCACUGCGUUCGGUUUGAUGAAAAUUGACGAGGAAGGUAGGAUAAUCGAGUUUUCAGAAAAGCCCAAGGGAGAAAAGUUACAAGCAAUGAAGGUUGAUACUACCAUUCUCGGUCUGGAUGAUAAGCGAGCACAAGAAAUGCCGUUUAUUGCAAGUAUGGGAAUAUAUGUUUUCAGUAAGAAUGUAAUGUUGGAUUUGCUGAGAGAGAAGUUUCCAAAGGCGAAUGACUUUGGAAGCGAAGUAAUUCCAGGUGCAACUUCAAUCGGUCUGCGGGUACAAGCCUACCUGUAUGAUGGUUACUGGGAAGACAUCGGUACGAUUGAGGCUUUCUAUCAUGCAAAUCUGGGGAUCACCAAAAAGCCAGUACCAGAUUUCAGUUUCUAUGAUCGGUCUGCGCCAAUAUACACUCAACCGCGAUACUUACCACCUUCAAAGAUGCUGAAUGCCGAUGUUACACAGAGUGUCAUUGGUGAGGGUUGCGUAAUCAAGAAUUGUAAAAUUCAUCACUCGGUGAUUGGUCUUCGGUCGUGCAUCUCCGAGGGUGCGAUUAUCGAAGACACAUUGCUCAUGGGAGCUGACUACUAUGAGACUGAUGCAGACAGAAGACUGUUGGCGGCAAAGGGGGGUGUACCAAUCGGUAUUGGAAAGAAUACGCACAUCAAGAGAGCGAUUAUAGACAAAAAUGCUCGAAUCGGAGAUAAUGUGAAGAUUAUAAACAAUGAUAAUGUCGAAGAAACAGCACGUGAGACAGACGGUUACUUCAUUAAGAGCGGGAUUGUGACGGUCAUCAAAGAUGCGUUGAUUCCAAGUGGCAGAAUAAUCUGAGAUGUCGAGUUGUUAACUCGUUAGCGUGGGAUAUUUCUGUUCAUGUUACUUGUUUUUUACGUGCUAUUUUAUUUAAGAUCCGGGUUUGGACCCGAUUGUACAAAGGAUUAAGCUUUCAUGUUUUUUUAUAAGUAAUCGAUUUCAGCCAUUUAUUGAUCGAGGCAA